AUGGCAAACUCUAGGUUUGAGUACGUGAGGGAAUUUGAGGUUCAUGAUACGCUUUUACCUCAAACGUAUAUCGUCGUAAGAAUAGAUGGUAAAAGCUUUCACCAGUUCUCGAAGUACUAUGAGUUCGACAAGCCCAAUGAUGAGGCAGCCUUGAAGUUAAUGAAUUCAUGUGCAAAGAACGUUGUAUUGAAAUAUUCCAGCGAUAUCAUUAUGGCUUUUGGGGAAAGUGAUGAGUAUUCAUUUAUUCUCAAGAAAGAAUGUGUUUUAUAUCAAAGAAGAAAGGAUAAACUAAGCACGCUUUUUGCGACGUUAUUUACAGCUAACUAUGUGGCACUAUGGCCGAAGUUUUUCCCUGAUAAAUCGCUGCAUUACAAACAUCUACCGUGUUUUGAUGCCAGGUGUAUAAGUUAUCCAAACUUACAGACGAUCAAAGAUUAUUUGUGCUGGAGGUUUGUAGAUACUCAUAUCAACAAUUUGUACAACACUGCAUUCUGGAACCUAGUUAUUAAAUGUGGAUUGACUACGCAGCAGGCUGAACAGAAGCUCUGUGGUACUCUUUCAAGUGACAAGCAUGAAAUCCUAUUCAGUGAAUGUGGCGUCAACUAUAAUAAUGAGCAAGAGAUGUUUAAGAAAGGCUCUUUGAUCACUUCAAAAGGCGAGAUCCUUCAUGUGGAUGUUGUAAAGAAGAUAGACGAAUUAUUUGACGGUUAUUAA